UUUUGUUUCUUAGAAUUUCUUAGAAGUUCCUCUUUUGUUCUGUACGUCUAUUUUUAAAAUUUCCUGUAACUUCUUGGCUCCACCCGCUUUAGAUAAGUUGACACGAGACUUGAACAGUAAUUUCUGUAGUAAACGCAGUUAACCAUGUUCUCUAAAACGCAGCCUGUGGGCUGUUUUUCGCUGCUCUUUUAUAUAAUUGUAUUAUCUUUAAGUUUAAGUUUCUGGGUGAUCCAAGAAGUCAGUGUCAUGAAAGGCAAACUGAGGCUAAUCAAAAAGGAUCUGCACUUCCAGUCCGUCCAGCUCCAGUCGUCAAGCGUACUCAACGAUGACAUAUUGAUGUUUGACACAUGGGAGGGCUUUCAGCGAAUCAAACGGGAGCUGGCCGGCUGCACACCGGAGCUCUCGUUUCUGCAGCUCGCCGCUAAAGCUGAUGGAAAGCCACAGUUCAGAGGAAAUGUGACCGUCAUUCCAUGGGCUGUUGCUCUGCAGCAUGGAACAGCUCUAGCCAUGAUGAACAAUAAAAUUAUAGUAAAGGAAGACGGGUACUUCAUGAUGUACAGCCAGGUGCUGUUUCUGAACCCGAGCACAGUUAUGGGUCACGAAAUCACAAGAAAAACAUCAGGAGUAUCGGGGCGGAACCACAGAGUCACAAGUCUCUUCCGCUGUCUGCAGGAAAUGCCUGAAGAGAACGCUGUAAACACCUGCUAUACUGCUGGCAUAGCGAGACUCCACAGUCAGGAUGAGCUGGAGCUCGUUGUGCCGGACCGAUCUGAAGCACAGAUUGCCAUGGACACCGAAUCCACCUUCUUUGGAGUCAUACAGCUAUAAUAACUGCUAUCAAGAGUGUACAGCCCUCUAAACCCUCCAGAACAAACAACACACACAAACAGGAAGUGCAAAGAAUGAAUUUACUACAGUGCCAGUGGACACACUCGAUUUCACCCAGCUGCUGAGCUGAGCUAUUACUGUGCUGUCAGGAAGUGAUGCUGCAGGGACCUGAUGCUCGUGAGUGACAGCCAGAAGCUGGAAGUGUCAGAUAGCCACUUGUGACAGGAAGAGCUGUUCACAGCAAAAUGAGAAAAUAUACAACAACUUGAACUUACUGUAUUGUAAUAGUGCAUCUCAAAAAAAUUGAAUAUAAUUGAAAAUCUGUGUAUUACACACACAGUGAUCUAUUUUAGGCUUUUAUUUCUUUUAUUGUUGAUAAUAAUUAUGGUUUACAACAAAUAAAAAAACAAAAAUCA